CGCCUGUCGGGACUUGGAACCGGGAGAGUUGCAGCUUCCAACGACGACCACAUAGAUACGAAAUACGUAUGCUGGGCCGUCCACUACCGAGAAAUGGUGUCACUCUCCGACAUCGAUUGCUACUGUGCUCAUAUCCCGUUUAUACCGCUAUAUUGGUUCUACUUCUACAUCUAUUCCAUUUCCAGCCAUAACCACGGGCUCCCCAGUCCGGCGAACGAAUCGACGAAGCUCGAGCUACGCCACCAAUCCAUCCAACACCAUGACGGGGAAGAAGAGGACGUUCGUGCUCUACCCUUCGCUGGGCGUGGGCCACCUGAUCCCGAUGGUGGAGCUAGCCAAGCACCUGCUGCGCCACGGCCACGGCGCGCUCAUCGCCGUGGUCGACCCACCCGACACCGACGCCGUGUCGGCCGCCGCGGUGGCGCGCCUGGCGGCGGCCAACCCGGCCAUCGCGUUCCGCCUCCUGCCGGCGCCGGCCAGCCCGGACGUCGUCGGCGUGCACCCGGCGAAGCGCGACAAGGACACGCUCCAGCUCGCCAACCCCGCGCUUCGUGACCUCCUGCGGGACUCCCUGCCCGGCGCCGUCGACGCGCUCCUCCUCGACAUGUUCUGCGUCGACGCGCUCGACGUCGCGGCGGAGGUCGGCGUCCCGGCAUACUUCUUCUUCGCCUCCGCGGCGGGGGACCUCGCCGUGUUCCUCAACCUGCCGUACCUCUACCCGACCCUGCCGUCGUCGUUCAGGGAAAUGGGCGAGACGCUUGUGCGCUGCCCCGGCAUGCCGACACCGAUCCAGGCGCUGGACAUGCCGUGGACGGUGCUGGACAGGGAGAGCGACGGGACCAAGGUCCGGAUGUACCAGUGGAAGCGCAUCGCGGAGGCGAGGGGCGUGCUGGUCAACAGCUUCGACUGGCUGGAGCCCCGAGCCCUGACAGCGCUCGGCGACGGCGUCUGCGUGCCCGGCCGGCCGACGCCGAGAGUCUUCUGCAUCGGCCCACUCGUCAACGACGGCAGCACAGGUCAGAGCGGCGAGAGGCACGAGUGCCUGGCGUGGCUGGACGCGCAGCCGAAGCGGAGCGUCGUGUUCCUCUGCUUCGGCAGCAAGGGCGCCUUCCCCGCCGCGCAGUUGCAGGAGAUCGCCCGCGGAUUGGAGAGCUCCGGCCACCGGUUCCUGUGGGUGGUGAGGAGCCCGCCGGAAGAAGAGGGCCAGUCUCCCGAACUGGACUUGGGGCGGCUGCUCCCCGCAGGGUUCUUGGACAGGAACAGGGGCAGAGGCAUGGUGGUGAAGAACUGGGUGCCGCAGGCGCAGGUGGUGCGGCACGAGGCGGUCGGCGCGUUCGUCACGCACUGCGGGUGGAACUCGGCGCUCGAGGCCAUCGUGUCGGGGCUGCCCAUGAUUUGCUGGCCGCUGUACGCGGAGCAGGCGCUGAACAAGGUGUUCAUGGUGGAGGAGAUGAAGAUCGCGGUGGCGCUGGGGAGGUACGAAGAGUUCGUUAGGGCGGAGGAGGUGGAAGCGAAGGUGAGGCUGGUGAUGGAGGCGGAGGAAGGGAGGAUUCUCCGGGAGAGGCUCGCGGUGGCGAGGGAGAAGGCGUUGGAGGCUACUAGGGAGUGCGGGUCUUCUCAAGUGGCAUUCGCGGAGUUCUUGAGAGAUUUGGACAAGAGCAGCUCCGUAAACGGAGAAUGCAAUUGAUCAAGGAGUACAAUUUGAAGUAUCUGAUAAAUUGAAGUGUGCUACUGCUAGUGUGGCAGAUGGGACUGCGAAAUACGUACUGUAAUAAGUGGCUGUUUGCUACAGCUCACAACAGCUUCAUGAGCUGUUGUGAGCUGUUUUUUUUUACCAAACACUUAGGGCUUGUUUGGCACAACUCAAAUUCACAAGUAAAACUGUUUUUUUAGAAAAUAACUUUAUGAGUGAUUUUCUAGAUGAAGCUGAGCUGUUUUGGAGAAAGUGUUUGACAAAAUAGCUUCACCAACUACUUCAUACAUAGUUGAGAGAGAGAAAUGAGAGAGAAGCUACAAUAAGCUAUUUUUUUCUAGCUUCAUCUAACUUAUAUCUUUGUGAGAGGAGGGAAAAAACAACUUCACCCAUGAAGCUGUUUUGGAAAGAAGUGUUUGGUAAAAAAAAAUAGCUCAUAACAGCUCACGAAGCUGUUAUGAGCUGUACCAAACAAGCCCUUAUUUCUAAAACAGCUUUAUGGAUGAAGCUGUUUUUCCCCUCCUUCCACAAAGAUAUAAGUUGAGAUGAAGCUGAAACAAGUAGCUUAUUGUAGCUCUCUCUCUCAUUUCUCUCUCUCAACUAUGCAUGACGUAGUUUGUGAAGCUAUUUUGCCAAACAUUUUUUCCAAAACAGCUCAACUUCAUCUAGAAAGUCACUCAUGAAGCUAUUUUCUAAAAAAAAACAAGCCCUAAGUUAGCUAUUACUUGAGGAUUCAAUAUCACAUACUAGUAUUUGGUAGUAAUAAAAAAAUAUUGCAUCUGUAGUCUGGCAGUAAAAUUGGAUCACGUACUUGCAAAACAUCAAAUUCGUCAA